AUGUCAACUAAAGUAGGUAUUAAUGGUUUUGGUCGGAUUGGUAGGAACGCUUUUCGAGCGGCGUUGCAGAACUCCGCAUUGGACAUAGAAUUCGUGGCUAUCAACGAUUUGACAAGCCCGAAGAUACUUGCACACCUUCUCCAGUACGACUCUAUCCACGGCAUCUUGUCCGAUGACAUCACUGCCACUGACAACGGAUUGGUGGUAAACGGGAAAGAGAUACGAGUUCUCGCCGAACGGGACCCUGGUAACCUACCUUGGGGUGAACUCGGUGUGGAUGUCGUUAUCGAAUCCACCGGUUUCUUCACAGAUCGGGAAGAUGCUGAAAAACAUAUCACCGCCGGUGGUGCGAAAAAAGUGGUCAUCUCCGCCCCUGCGAAGGGUGAAGACAUCACGAUUGUGAUCGGUGUCAAUGACGAUAAAUACGACAAAGCAGAACACCAUGUCAUCUCUAACGCCUCGUGUACGACGAACUGCCUCGCCCCUGUCGCAAAGGUUUUACAUGAAUCAUUUGGAAUUGAAAGCGGUUUGAUGACGACUGUUCACGCCUACACCGGCGACCAGCGGGUUCAUGACUUCCCAAAUUCCGACAUGCGCCGUGCCCGUGCAGCAACGCUCUCGAUGAUUCCGACAACGACCGGUGCCGCUGUCGCAGUUGGAAAAGUCCUGCCAGAAUUGAACGGCAAACUCGAUGGAUUCGCAAUCCGUGUACCGACACCGAACGUUUCCGUUGUGGAUCUCACCGUCGAUCUCAAGCAGAAACCGAGUGCCGAAACGGUCAACACAGCACUGAAAGAAGCCGCAGAAGGCAGCUUGGAUGGAAUCCUUGGCUACUCUGAACUCGAUCUCGUUUCAUCCGAUUUCAAUGGAAACAAACUCUCCUCCGUUCUCGACGCUCCGUUCACCAAAGUGAUUGAUAAUGGGUUGAUUAAAGUCCUUUCAUGGUAUGAUAACGAGUGGGGCUACUCCAACCGUCUCGUCGAACUCGUUGUCCAGGCGGUCGCGUUCACAACGGCGUUAAAGGCAUUGGUUGCGGACGACACCGGCGUUGAAGUUAUCGUUGCACCGCCGUUUACUGCGCUUUCCGCGGUUAGCGAUGCCAUAGCGGGCAGCAACAUUCGUCUCGCCGCCCAAGAUGUCUAUUGGAAGGAUAGCGGGGCAUUUACCGGUGAAGUCUCUGUGCCAAUGCUGAAAGAUGCCGGGUGUGAUUACGUCAUUAUCGGGCAUUCAGAGCGACGACAAUACUUCGGUGAAACGAAUGACAGCGUCAACCAAAAGGUGAAAGCGGCGUUAGCACACGGCUUAAAGCCAAUCAUCUGUGUCGGUGAGCAACUCGAAGAACGGGAAGCCGGACAAACAGAAGCAGUGAUUAAGAGCCACGUUACGGGCGGCAUUGCCGGCUUAUCCGCAACUGACCUUUCGUCCUGCGUCAUCGCUUAUGAACCGGUUUGGGCAAUCGGCACUGGAAAAACCGCCACGCCUGCCCAAGCACAGGAGGUCCAUAACUUCAUUCGAGGCUUGCUAACGAAGGGUUACUCGGCAGAAGUCGCGUCGCAGAUAUGCAUUCAAUACGGUGGUAGCGUUAAACCGGAGAAUGCAGCGAGAACUCAUGUCGCAGCCUGA